UGCAUUUUAUACUGUACUUGAUAUUAAUUUAUUUACAGUAUUUGUAUUAGUGUGGAUAUGUAUGUUAUAAACAAUGAUUUUAUGAAACGCUGUUACGUAUUGUUUAAUAAACAUAUAGUAAAGUGCUGAAAGUAAAAUUUUUAAGUUAGAAGUUUAAACGUUUGCAAAAUAUAUGCAAAAAUUUUAUAAACCAACCACAGAAUUAAAUUACAUUUAAAAGCUUAUGAACUUGUAAUUGACGGUAAAUUUCUUUUUAUUAUAAAUAACUGUAAUUUAUCAUAUAUAUAUAUAGUGAUUUAUUAAUUUGUAAUAAAAUACACGUCGUAAUUGCUAAUUUAUAAUUCUCAGAGUUGAGAAUUUAUGAAUUCAUGAGAGUUAGUCGAUUAUCCAUAAACACACACACACACACACACAGCCAUUUACAGAGAAUAUCGAUGCAAUAUUUUUUUCACGGUUUGGCAAAUUGCAAAUGUGUGAAAUAUCCAACUUUUCGCGGUUGGCAUAUGUGCGCUCGCAGCCACAGAAAGAAAAAUAUCAAUUCACUUUUAUAAUAAUAUUGUUAAAUAAUUUCUCUUACAUUAAAUUAUAAUAAUUUUAAUGUAUUGCCGCUGAGGCAUUGCAUUGUGGCAUAGAUCGAUCUUUGAAUAACUGUAAAUGCAGUGUGUAAUUCGUUACGUAUAGCAAUGUUGAUAAUUAUUCUAUUUACAUCUGCCUUUAUCACAUUGCUUGAUUAUUUGCUGUUGAUAACUUAUUUAUAGCAUUUGUGUGUGUUUUGCUUUUAAUUGUAAAUAUUAUUAUUGAAAAUAUUGCAAAUGUUAUUGCAAAUAUUAUUGUUUUUGCUUGACGAAAAUGUACCGUGAAAAAUAAAUUAAUUAAUUCAUAGAGCGUUAUGUAACAAAUUUAACACAGAUAUAAAUUGUGAAAGUUCUUUCUUUGUUCUCUGCCAUUUUAAAUUGUACAAACUGAAGAUAUCGAAGAUUUGAUUUUACGAGGUAGUGGAAAGGAUCUGAACGAACGAAAGAUGAAAAUAGAGGAUGAAAACGGAGGACAAAAUUCGAAUAAUGGGCGAAUCUUGCGCAAAGCUGAAAUGAUUGAUGGAAGCACGCGAAAGGUGGGAAUAGGGAAACAAAAAGAGGAAAGGAAAUAAUAUAGCUUGUGUGCGGACUAGAUCGGGUAAUGCUAUAAUGCACGAAUCCAGUUAAUUCGAAUGUUUUCGAUAAUAGUGACACUACGAAGAGCCAUCACAAUCAGCUAGCUCAGUUAAUGAGUUUUCCCAACCCUUUUUCAAGAACUGACAUUUGCCAUGGUUAGAUUUUGAAAAAGCAUUUUCUCUGUUCUCGUUUCCCUCAUUAUUCUAUGAAUUCGAAAUUGAAGUUGCAAGCCGCAUUUAAUGGUAAAAAAUGGUAUUAGGAACAUUAAGCAAAAUCAACGUAGUAGAGUUUUAAAUUGAUGAAUAGCUGAUAUUUGGAUAUUGAUGAAUAGCUCUUUUUAUUACUUUUUAUCUUGAAAUUACUGACAAAUCUCUAUCGUUUGUUUGUUGAUAAUGUUGAUAAAAGCUAACUUCAAGUUGGCAUCUUGGUAAAUUAGUUUGUCAUAUAGACUUCAGUUUUCUGAAUUCUUAAAUUUUGUAAAGCAGAAAUUAUUAGUAAUGUUUGUAUAUAAUGUAAAUAUAAUAAAGAAAUAAAUGAAAAUGUUGAAAAAAAUGAUAUUAUUAAAAGUUCUUUGCAAUUUAUCUCGAGACACUUGAUUAGAAAUUAGUUUUUUAUUUUAGUAUAUUUAAUUAUAGUAUAGUUAAUUUAAAUAAAGGAAAGAAAUCUAUUCGUAUAUAUGUUUCAGAUAAUUUCAUAUCUUAGUAUUCUGCUUAAUGGUAGAAUUAUCAUUAUUCCGAUUAAACUCCGAAAUUUACACAAGGUAUGACCUAAUGGUCUUCUACAUUCAUUAAAUAUCCAAGUUGUCACAGAAAUAUGUAUGAACCUAAGAAGGUUAUCGCGCAAUGCAAUUUUUCUUCAUUAAUUUUGUCCGGCUUACGUAUGCACGAGCAACCCAGUGUAAUGCAUGAACUCUCCCCUUCUCCACCUCGUGUGAUGCAGGUUUAUUAGAUAAAUAUUAAAAUGUGCUUCACAUUUGUUACCCAAGAGAGAUUUGAUUGAUAUAUCUCGAAGAAAAAACAUUCUAUCUUGGAGAUAAACAAGAAAAAACAAUUUAGUGGAAAAAAAAUAGUAAUUAUUUGAGAUAUGAAAAAAAUUCUUAUAGGAUAAUCCAUUAUAAAAAUUCUUUAAGGAGAAAAUAAUAAAGUCGUGUAAAAAAUAUGAAAGAGAAGAUAUACAUUUUUUACUAUGGGAUUGAAAUAUGCAACGUAUUCCGAGAAUGAUGAUGAAGUUAAUGAGAUGCACGAAGCGUUUAGUUUUUUUUAUUAUACAUUGGAAUCGUUUCUUAUGUUUCAUUAAUAUUAAUGAAAAUUUCUUCUAUAUCGUAAUGAGUAUAACAGAGGUAUAAUUUUUUUUUAAAUAAUAUUUUUUGGAAUGUGAAUUGAUAGCAGGAGUUAUCGAAAAAAGAUCUCUAAUACAGAAGUAAGAAGAAAUCCGAGUGUGUUCUCCGAAGCACUUAUCAUACGACAUUGAUUUCUCUUCAUGCCACAUAGAUGUGCUUCGUGCUUUUAUACAUUCAUGUACCAAUUCAAAGUCUUUACGCGCACAGGAAUAUGACAUAAGUCCAGUUUGCGUGAGAUUUUCGGAAAAGUCGCCUCCUCGAAACUUUCGCCUAUUCUUGAAACCGAGUCUUAAAAGUUUCCUGAAAGCUACUUUGGCUCGCGGCAUAUUUCCUCGUUCGAUUUAAGCCGAAGGAUUUUACUAUCCUCGCACCUCGAAUUUUACGAUCGGUGUUCCCAUAUCGCAAUCGCGUCGGACAAACUUAUCUCUUCUUCCAACGUUUCCCCCUCUCUCUCUCUUUCUUUUUUCAACAAUGAUUUAGUGGACCAAUAAUAUCAGUGUCGCAAUAAUUUUCUCCGCGUGACAAAUAUGUACUAAAACGUAUCCGCGGCAAUUUGUAUCAAUAACCAUAUUUCAUUAUACGUAUCACGGAGCUCUCGGCGGUCUUUUGGUGCGAUCUAGAUUCCAUAUUGGCGCGGCAACGCUACCUAAUCAUGCUUGCAUCUCGCUCGCACACUGACACGAGUGUGCACCAAUCUUCUGAAAGAAGGGGGGGUUAUACUCAAACGAGGCGUAUAUGGAGAAAAAUAGCACUUUAUAAGCAAGGAGAUUCUGAUGAAUUUUUAACAGCCUUCAGGAUGGACUGGCACAAGAGGGAAAGAGACAAGAAUGCAAAGAUGUGUACCGCUGACUAAAAUAGAUUUGACAUAAAGAUAAUCAGAAGAAAGAAAAAAGAUUAAAGAAGAGGUUUAACUUUGUUUAUGAAUUUCAUCGUCGUAUUUUGCAAUGUUUGGAUUGAUUUAAGUCAGACGCUCAUCAAAAUUCAUACGAGUAUUACAUAUCUUGACAUUAGAAUCUUCUUCUAUAAAAUUUACUUUAUCGGCAAUUUGUUUGUUUCGGAUUUUCAAUUAAAGCGCAACUCGCCGGUCGGCGAGUUGAAAAUCCAGGCUCCGAUCAAGUUCUACUUUCCCUCGUCACUGUAAAAUUACGGCAUCGUCUCCAGAAUAUAUAAUCGCGUUCUUCCGUUCAAUAUUCAUCGAAGCGUCGUCGUCUUCGGGUCAAAGUAAUCACUCAUAGCUUUGCGCGGGCGUAACGAUUCUAUACUGAAGGCCGAUUAGUGCAUUUGUCAUGCAGCCGGGGUAUCUGGGGUCGCGCAUAUUCCCAUUAGUGACGUACGGGUCUCAAGCCAGACAAUGCUUCCAUGCGAAGACGGCGAUCUGAAUUCUACUAAGUGAGCACUGGCUGAUCGAUGGGAACGCUAUAUUUCGUGAGGGAAACGGUUCGUCAUCCUAUGAAACUCUGCGUGUGACACGGGCCACUUCGAAGAGGAUUAAUAUACGACUCACACGAGAGAUGUGCUAUUGCAAUCACAACAAGCUGUACCCUGUGAAGAUUUCUAUGGAAUAGCUACUCACGAUGAUCAGUAUGAAGUUUUAUCGCGUCAUCCUGGCGGUUUUGGGGGGCACACACGUUUUGUGCGCACAACCAUCGGCGUCUCCAACUGUGAAAACCGGUGGUUCCAGUAUCGCCAGCGUGGUAGCAGGAAGCAAGCCGACGAGAUCCUGGGACAAACCUCAAUUCGACGAUAUCGGACCGCGAAAUGUCACUGCCAUCGUCGGUCAAACGGCGGAGCUAAAUUGUUACGUCAAGCAUCCAGGCGACCGUGUGAUCUCCUGGAUACGUAAGAGGGAUUUGCAUAUCCUAACGUCAUCGACCCUCGCUUACACGGGGGAUGCAAGAUUUUCCGUUAAGCACCCUGAAUCAUCCGACGAAUGGACGCUGAGGAUCGAGUAUGUCCAACCACGGGACGCCGGGGUUUAUGAAUGCCAGGUUAACACCGAGCCCAAAAUGAAUUUAGCCUUCACGUUAAAAGUCGAAGAAAGUGCCCCUGUCCCUGCCAUCACCACACCAAACGCCAUUCACCGGACGUUCAACUCAGCUGCUCAGGCGAAGAUCCUGGGAGCGGAAGACGUUUACGUGAAGAAGGGUAGCACGAUAAGUCUCACGUGCGAAGUGAAUGUGCGAAGUACACCACCCAGUAGCGUUUCCUGGCAUCACGGAGGGGCCGUGGUGGAUUUCGACAGUCCUAGUGUACACCGCAGGGGCGGGGUUUCCCUGGAGACGGAGAAAACGGAUACCGGGACGACAAGCAGACUACUGGUGACACAGGCCAGAUUGACCGACAGCGGAAAUUACACCUGCAUCCCUAGCAACGCGAAUCCAGCGAGCGUAAUGGUCCACGUGCUGAAUGGUGAACAUCCGGCGGCGAUGCAGCAUGGCGGCAGCUGCGGCGUGGCCCCUACCAUUUUGCUUGCCAGCGUCACCCUCAUAAUUGCAAACCUGUUGAGGUGAGCAGCCGCGUUGUGAACCAUACAUCUUAAAAAAAAAGAAA